AUGUCGAGGGAGGAGCAGUUGCAGGGGUCGAAGAGGGUUUUGGGUGGCAGUCCCUCGCUGGGCAGCCCCGUGAGGUCGAGGCUUUACGGCGCCGUGGGUCCUUCUCCAAGGAAGCAGCUUCAGAGAUCUGGGCAAUUGGGCAAGAAGCCUCCGGAGCCGUUGCGGCGGGCCGUAGCCGAGUGCCUAUCAUCUUCGGUUCUGAACGUCCAUGGGAGCGCCUCCGCCGUCACCUCAGAGGCCACCAGAACUCUCCGGGUUCGUACUCUUCUUUUCUUUCCUCCUCACUUCCCCGCCCCAUAAACCAUCUUUCAAGGGAUGGAGCUGGUCGUCCAAUCGCGCCUCAGGAUGACUUCCUGGGCCACUCCUUUGCAAGAGGUCCUUGCCAAGCAGGGGAGCCGCACUUGUCAGCGUUCGCUAGAAUGGAAAAGGGCAUUUUCUCGCUUUUUCCAUCGCUCACCCGGUGAACCUGACAUCCCUGGACUUGGUACGCUGCUGCUCGUCAUAUCGAGGGGAUGACGAGCUUCUAAGCGAGUCUCAUUGUGAAUGGCUAAAAUCUUGGAUCCUUCGACUGAAAGAGAGCCAAUGGGUUCAAGCAUCUUCUUUUGCUUUCAUCGCCAUCUCUGCAUAAUGGGCUUAGUUGAUUCAAAACACGGAGUAAGGAACAAAUGCUUCCUGAUUUCUGUCAGUCUUAUCAUAUAAUUUUCAGCAACAAUGCAUCUCAUCUAUGAUAGUCAUUAGUAAUGAUCUAUGAAUCUAGCCUCACUUGCACAAUUUAUGCACCGUCUCAGUGACCAAUAUGUGCUGCACUCGAGAUUAGAUACUGUUAUUCCUCACCUAAAAAGGUUCAUUCAUCAAAGGGCUUGGCUUACAGAAAGUCCAUGUGCACUCGAGUCUGCAACCUGACAAAGUCGACUUUGGCCACCGUAUUAAUUUCAUCUGUUUUAAAAGGGACUUAGCCUGGUGGCGGGAUUCAAGGAGUACCAGAACGUGUGCUUUGUGUACUCUGCUGUUCCAACUCUUACAUUGGUAUUGAAUUCUGGAGUUUAAUCUCCUCCCAGGCUAAUAUAGACUCAUCAUUCUGAAUAUAUCGGAAUUCCAUGUAGAUUCCAAAUCACUAAGAAAGGCCUGUCAUUGUGCGCAUUGGAUGCUAGUACCGGAUUCUGGCCUCCGGAUUCUGGGGUGUAUGAGGGUCACUUCAGCUGCCUAUUCCGUGGAUUGGCUGCCUUUUUACUGCCUCAUCUUACAUAAAUAUCCUGUUGUUUGUCAGAUUCAACGUUAUUGUUGACAUCCAUCACCAUAUGAGGGUUUAUACACGUGCCGGAAUUAUUUCUGGAUUAUUUUACUUUUUCACAAUUUAGUAGGCUUUAUAUGUGCAUCAUACAAGUCAACAUGUUUGUUGGGAUGCGACUGUCAUACACUUUUUCUUCCAGUUAUCUCAUUAGUGCUGAAGUUGGUUCAUCAAUGAGUCUGUUGUGAGGAUAAAUCAUUGUUACUCGUAUGAAGCGUUGAUUUCUGAUAAAAUUAAGUUGUAGGAAAGAGAAUUCCUGAAGGUUCACUUUUUUUAUUUUUUACUUUUAUCGUUUGGCAUUGCACGGGACACAUUCUGAACUGCAUUCAGCAAGCUUGCAUCAAUAUCUGCAUAAAAAAUGUGUGAACAACGAAAUUAUGAACUUCAUCAUGUUUGUGAAGCCUGGAAAAUAACUAAGAAUUAGCUCUUUCCGUAUUUGCACUGUUCACUUCAUCUUUUAGAGGCAGAUUUGGAAGUGGUUGUCACAGCAACUGGGUCAAGUUCCUUUAGCAAGGAAAUGACCUAAAGUAAUAUACGUACAAUGAUUAAGGAGAACAAGAAAAUGUUAAACGAGAAAUUUGUAGCGGACAAUUUCUGACGAAAUAGUAGAAACAGAUAAAUUGUGCUAAGCUUCAAUUAAAAUAUAUCACUGCCAACUCUUUUGUUUGAUAUUUGCUAUUUUUAAGGAUACUAUGUGCUUGUUAUUCAAAUAUGCCGGAUUGGCUAUUGUUCUGGUGUUCCAUCUAGUUCAGGCUAUUGUUAUUUAUUUUGAUAUGCUCUCUGUUGGAGAUUUGCAGUGAACAUUACUUAGGUCUUACAAAAUUUGUAUGUCCUUCUUCAUCUUGUGGUUCAGUCUGAGGAAAUUUAGUUGGAUUCGUGAAAGAUCAUAUGCUGUUCAUAUUAUGUGUUCUGUUUUGAGGUGCUAUUGCUUAUGCCAUGCUUUUCUUUUGGUUUGAUAUCUGAGGAAUGUAAUGCACGCACUGUAUGCGAUUGUCUCAUCAAAUUAUGAGCAAAUUAUAAGCUUCUCAAAGCAAACAUUUGAUGUGAUGAACUUCUUUUGGCUAUAAGCCAAUAGUUAAAUGUAGAAACAGGGUCCAUUACAUUUUGCAGCCUCAUAUCAAUGUUUUUGCACUAGUCUAUGUCCAUCAUGCAUGACACUUACCUCAAUGUUUUUGCAGGACUACAUUGCAUCCCCAUCCACCACUGACCUAGCAUACUAUGUGCUUUUAGAACAUGCAAUUGCUGAGAGAGAACGCAGGUAAAGUUAACCAAUAACUCUGUUACUUUUCUCAAAUGUGCAUUAUUUUAUCAUGUCUGAAUUGCUUACCUCUAUUAUUGUCGUUUGAGCGAUAGUCUAUCCUAUAUUUAGGGAUUAUAAAUUUUUUUGGUCCAAGGUAGCUAGCUAGGCAAUUGUGUUCGUAGAUUAUUGAAGAAAUUCACUUGGAAGACCUGAACCGGUCAAGCUUAAGAAAAAUUCUCUCUUUUUUCCAUUGGGUCCAGUAUUAACGUCUUUUCAUGUUACUUUUCUCUACUAGGCAUCAAAAACUUUCUUAUUUCUGAUUCUGAGUGAGAUCUCUGCUACCAGUCUUGACCUGCGUGUUGUACCUCAUUUUGCUUAUCCUCUGCCGUAGAAUAAUUUUCUUUUUAUUAAUGAUUCCAGAAUACAUAUUUCUGUGAGAGUUUUAACAUUACAGACCAUGUAUUCAGAUUCGUAUCUAAAAGAGAAGUGACCUAUAUAGAUAAAAGCCAAUGCUCAUGACGAUUGAAAUUAUUUACAGACUAAGCUGAUGUUGUCUCUGGUGUAUUAAAAUUUGAUAUGAGCGGAUUAUUUGCUUUUAUUUAUGUUGGCCAUAUCUGUAAAUAAAGUCGUUGGAGUGUAAGUAGCUGACAUUCUUUCUUGUUGGUGCCAGCCCGACUGUAAUAUCACGGUGUGUUGGCCUAUUAAAACGGUACCUCCUUCGGUACGUUCUAAAUUUUGGACCAUGCUUACUCAAUGCUAUAAUUGGUAUUUUUUCCUGUUUAGUUGCAUAUCUACCUUCAGUUCUUUGUUUCAUUUGUGACAGGUAUGUGCCUAAGAUAGAAACAUUACGACAAAUUGAUAACUUUUGUUCAAAUUCAAUUGCGGAGUGUGAUUCUUUGUCAAAUAGAGGAAUGGCAUUGGCUAGUUCGUCGACAUCUGGAAGUGUAUAUUCAUUGCCAGCAAAUAACUUUGUAUCUCCUUCUCUUGUGAAAUCCUUAAACUAUGUCCGUUCCCUGGUGGCUCGACACAUUCCCAGAUUAUCAUUCCCACAAGUAACACCCUCUCAGUCCUCAAAUGCUGGGAAUCAAUCGUUGCAGACACUAUCUACUCUAUUAUCUAGGUCGUUUAAUUCCAAUCUAAGCCCAGAGUCUGUGCAUAGUCAUGAAAUUCCUGAGAGGAAAGAAGUUCUCCGACCAUCCACAUUGGAUCUCUCCAGUCGGGAAAGGAUGAAAGCUGGAGGUAAUGACCAUUAUAUUUACAGUGAUCUUCUCAAAUGGCGAUGGGCUGGAGCAAGAGAACAGUCAUCGUCUAUCAUGGUGUCAGGGUACCUCAAACGUUUUCUCUUCAAUGAAUCUCAAGUAUCAAUGCCUUUUUUUUACCUGCAAUGGCGCUUAAGCCUGUUGCUUUUGCUAAAAUUCAAUAGACUGUGAUUGUAAUUUGGAAUUCGUUUCUCUGUCAGUGAAAGUAAUCUGAGACCUCGGGAUUCUCAAAUUCAUGGUUUCCUGGAAGUUGGUGCAGCCGCUCUUCUUGUUGGGGAGUCGGAGACAAAGGCAGAGCCAUGGAAAUAUUCCGAUAGAAGAAGCAUACCAGAUAUGGAUCAAUUGUUUCAGCCAUCAAGCGUCAUAAUGGCUAAUGAUUUAGCAUCAUCUCAUCACCAUUUAAGAGCAAUAACUGCCUCUAAACGCAUGAGACCAAGCCCCCAACAAUUUUGGCAUGUUUUCUAUUCACCUUCUUUCUAUUAUUUACUGAAUUCCAUGUACAGAUGUAGGAUAUGAUAUUAGUGCUGUAAGUUAGUUAUAAAAUAUUUAAUCCAUUGGUAACUAUUAUAUGUCUUCUGCCAUCAUCUUUUUGAUGUAGAAUUCUUGGUGACACUAACAUAUUGUUAUACUAGGGUAGUGCUGAAUCUAGAUCAUCAAGAUCAAUGCACAGUUACCAAUAGCUUGGUUAUUGUUGUGACAAGUUGUAGCUAACUUGCAUCAUACUGCAUUGUUAUUUUUACAGGGUAAAUGUUCCAGUUAGCACUUUCAGUCCCAGAGCUCGUGCGCUUUUUCAGUACCGAUACUACAGGUAUAAAAGCAGGAAAUUGCGGCAUAUGUUAUGUGGUUUUGGUCUCAUGUAUCGUUCGAUUUUCGGGUAUCCUGAUUAGGACCUAAACAAUAGUCUACACUAAAAAUUUCUCAAAAAUGCUGCUGUCCUCUGCUACUUGUGUCAGCACGUGUGCAGACAAAACAGAAAAAUUCGUUACUCUUUGUAAUUGUUGUAUUGUUUCCUUCCCUAAUAAAGCCUGGAAGGUUACUAGUCAGGAACUGACGCGUGUGCAUUCAAAGGUUCUACUUAGUUACUAUGUCUCUGAAUGGAAUGCUGCCGAUGACCUUUAUUGAUUGUGUUAAUAUAGCUCUAGGUCUGAGACAUGGUCUACAGAGCCCCCAUGACUAUGUUUUUUUGUUGUGUAAGAUUUUAUUUUAUUUUCUGUGGAGAGUUUUGAAUCAUGAAAACAAUUCUAAAAAGACGAAAUAUGACGGAAUCCUAUAGAAAGAUGUAAUACUUCAAUAAACCGUAAUAAUUGAAAUGUUGAUAUUAAGUCCUCAGUAUCCCUGACGUUGGACCUGUCAUUGCCCUCGUUUCUUAUUGGUGGAUGGAUUUGUAAUUUUUUUGUUUAUUUGGCCAUUCGCUCUUAUCCCGGAUGUUUUCUCAUGUUUCUAAUAUUAAGGUGCUCUGAACUGACAAUAGAAAUAAGUUUCUUCGUCCUAUUGAAAUCAGUUUCGUCAUGUUUCUAAUAUUACUUUUUCUUAUAUGUUAGCUUCAUGAAAUAUGUUUUGGUAAAUUUUGACAGUUGAAUUGUAACUUGUGUUAUUACUAAUAAUUUCUUUUUGUGAAAUUGUGAAUCAGCGAACAGCAACCUUUGCGACUGAAUCCAGCUGAAAUUUCUGAUGUUAUAGCUGCCGUUUGCUCGGAGUCCUCAUCACCUACUGCCAAUCUUAUGACACCCACACCCUCAUCAAGAUUAAAUAACCACAGUGGAAGGCCAUAUACUGAUGUUGCUGUCAAUGUCCUUAUCAAGCUUGUUAUGGAUAUGUAUGUAUAUUUAGGAUUUCAAUACUUUUUGCCUACAAGAAGUGCACAUUUUUUUGCUUUGCUAAGUCAUUUGUUAUCUUCGUCCUUUUAUGCCCUAGCUGUUGGACAUUUCUAUUUAUUUUUCCCCAGAAUAACGUGUCAUGGUAAAUGCAUGGCCAGAUGCAUGCUUUCAGACUGGUAGUAUCUGUUCUUGCUUUUUACGGUUGGUGUUUAUAUCCACGGGCCUUCAUAGAAAAACUCUCAUGUCCAAAUAUCCAUGUGAAAUUAUGCCGACAAUCCUUGGCAUAUUAAAUGAAGUAAAGGAUGGAAGUUCUUAGUUUGGGAUUCUAUAUAUGAUUGUGUAUGGAAUGAUGCUAAUGUAUGUGAGAAGUGAGCUGAGUAUUGCUUUUAUGAGAAAUUGAGGUAAAAUACACUUUGCAUGGAUCGCAUUAACUUUUUGAAAAUAAAUUCAUAAUUCAUAAUGCUGUGUGGAUCUGGUAUGCUCGUUAGAUGCUUGAGUUCGUAUUCAGUUUUUGUCCUUUGGUUGUUUAUCUCUUGAGUUAAGUUAAUGUUCAAGGAGGAUUGCAUUGGAACUAUGUCGUUUUUAAUUUAGGUUUAUCUUUUUAGAUACAUUAUACUGGGGUUUGUGUAAAUCCACGGUGUGGUUUUCUGUUCUAUGUGCAAGCUUGUGUUUAAGCGGCUGAACUAUGCCAAGGCUUCUAUAUCAUCCUUCAUCUAUCUCUGACAAUUAUCAUGGUAAUAACAUUCUAGGUUCAAUUUCUGGGGUUGGAAACUCCUGCAUGGUCCGCACAUUGGAAUAGCACAAAAGUUGGCUUGUACAGAAAGGAUCACGUUAAACAGUCACAUUUUAGUGGAAAAAUUAAAUCCUUUGGUUAGAUAUAUUAGCCAAGCUUGCAUGGAUUCAAUUGUUUUGAGUAUGUUCUGAUAGUCUAACAAGUUAAAAAUAUUUUCAUUUCUCCUAUAAUUUAAGUCCUUUUUUUUUUUAUUGGGUUCCUCCACAUUCUUAGUUAGAUUUCAUUUGCUUUCUUCUUUUCCUUUUCUUCAUUCCUCUUCUAUCUUUGCAAUUUUCUCUUUCAAAUAUUUAUAUUGCUUCUUCCAAAAUCAGUUCGUCGUUGAAGAAUAUUUUGAAAUAACUAGAAUGAGAUCCAUGAUUUGCCAGGGUGUUUUGUAAUGAGAAAGUGUGGUGAAAAUAGUGUCAUUUUUUAACCUUCUUGACAGAGAGCUUCUGUCUCUUAGGCAUCACUAGUUACUUCUGUAUUAGCAGCUUCACCAAAGCAGUAUCUGAGAUUAUGUUUUUGAGGUGAUUAAGGAGAUCAAGGCAGUGCCUUCCUGAUUUAUGCCCUCUUGACAAGGUUGGGCUACAGCUUUUAUUAAUACAUUAAAAUAAUCUAAAACACGCAAUUAAUAAACAGCUAAUGAGUGACUAAAAAAAUUGUGUAUACGACAUAUUGAGGCUGUAAAAUAACUAAACAUUUAAUAUGAAUAAAUACAUUAUAAUUUAUUUAUUGGCGAAAUGACGUUAUAAAAUAUGAAUAUAGAUGAGUUUAGAGUCUCUCAUCUAAAGAGAUAUUGAACGUGCCUCGGGAUCUCCCACUAUAUGACUCUUCUUUUAUAUUUGUAAUUUAUGUUUUGUUGGUUUAGAUUGGAGACAGUAAAAGAAUAAACUUAUGUAUAUCCCUUUUUUCAGGUAUGUGAUGGAUUCUGGGAGUGCUGCUCCUCUAACUCUCACCAUGCUAGAGGUUUUUUAUCAAUUUAAUGCUCAGAUUUUCUGAAGAAAGCCAUUAGUGACUUCGUUCUCAUUCUAUUGGUCGUUUUCCAGGAUAUGCUUCUCUCUCGAAGAGUGGUGUCUAGAGUUCGGGCCUUCGAUAUCAUUUUGAACCUUGGCAUUCAUGCUCAUUUGCUGGAACCAGUAUUUCCUGAAAAUCCUCCCUAUCUUGGAGAGAAUGAACCUUUAGGAUUUCAGUUUGACAAGGAAAAACAAUUAACGUUCAGAAAGAGAGAUUCAGAAUCUGACAUGGAGCAAUAUUCAUCAGCAAUUAAUAACUUUGAAUCUUGGCUUUUGGUUAUCUUAUUCGAGAAUCUCUUUCUUCUUGUCCAGGUACUUAAAUUUCGUGUUCAACCACCUUGUGAGAAUUGGGCCUGUUUGGCCACUAACAUCUUUCAUGUUCUCCCCUCAACAUACUGCAUGGAAUUAUUGGAUAUCAAAACACUCAUGCUGUUGCUGUAGCCAUUUUUUGUCCCAAAUAUUUCUUGUUCAGUUAAUGAUAAUUGUGUAGUGAGAGAGGGGUUUUGAAAUAUCGAGUUAUUGAUUAAAUUAUUUUUUCAGAAGCCUCACAUUAGCCAAUUAUCAGUGAGUUUAUUUUUUUAUGUCUUUAGCCUGGGGUUAGUUUACGUCACUUGAGAACCUUCUCAUUUAGAGAGCUGUUGACAUAUAGUUUAUUUCUUGAUGAGACUAUGACCCUAAAUCUUUCUUGUUCCCGUUCUUCAAAUGCGCAUGAAUCUUUACAACUCUGUUGUGUAACCCAUAACCACAUGGAAUAUAUCUGGCGAGAAGAAUGGGUCAGGUGUUCCUAUGCAUAAGAUUUCGAUUGAUUUGAGCUGCUGCUACAAAAAAUAAGGAUCCGAAGUCUAAGAUCCCGCAAGGGCUGAGAUUUAUAGCUUCUGGCGAGAUUGAAUGGUUUCAUGUUGAUGGGGUUUUGUCUAUUGCGAUGUCUCUCAAUUUGUAAUAUCUUCUUUCAAAAGUGUCACGUCUCUUAAGUUAUUUGAUGAGUUCAAGAUAAUGGUUGUCAGAGAUGCAUUAUCUUUUUGUUCCUCUGUUCGUAUGACAGACUAACUAUAGCACAAACUUCGCAGAUGGAAGAGAAGGAAGAAAUCGUUUGGGCUUCUGCUCUAAGUUGUCUAUUUUAUUUCGUUUGUGAUAGAGGCAAGAUACAAAGGAACAGAUUAGAAGGUCUUGACAUAAGGGUGAGCGAAAUCUCUCUUGUGUCACCUCACUCCAUAUUCCAUGUGAUGUACAUGUUUUCCGUAUGCUUGAUAUUUGAAGUAUCCUGCCUGAACUUUUGUACCUGCAUGUCAAUUUAUUAACUUUGUCCAUGAUUAUGCACACAAUCAUAUGUAUGGACGCUCUUCAGAAGGAACGGACUAAAAUUUAGAAAGUUGAUUGCGAAAAUGGCCCCAAUUAUAUUGGACUUAAAUGCAACCUUUUCCUCCAUUUUCGUACUAGUGCAUAAGCACAUCUCAGUGUUUUUACGUGAUUACGUAGAGGACAUGCAGAAGGGUUAACUCUUUGGAUUAACAUAUCGGUGACUUGGUUGGGUAUCUGCACUCGGGUAUCUCAGUGGGUACUGAUUAUUUCCUAAAUCGUGCCAUUGCCAAAUGAAAUAAUUUAUUUAGAUCACAGGCCUUCACAUUAUUCGAAAAUAUGUUAGUAUGGACAUGUAUACGUCAUGUUGGGGUGUUUCAUCUUGUUGCCAUCUUUCCAAAUACUAUUAGUAUCUAGAAGACGCCAAUCCAAUCCUCGACGAAGCAGUUCGUGCAACAAUAACCCAUAGUGCAGGACGUGGUGCCAAUGGUGCAUAAAUCAGAGUGGCAUUUUAACGGCUUAAGUGGUGAGAGGGGCCUCAGUGACUUCGGAUCCCUUAUUUCAGAAUUGAUUGCUCAGCCUCUCAUGAAGGUGGUAGGCUUUUGCGGGAAUGCCAUACAUACAUACGCACGAAAAUCACUCACAAAAGCUUCAUUUACUGACAUGCAUUUUAGUGGAGUAGUUGGUCAAGUUUGUCUAAAAUAUUGCAUUUUGAGAGCUACUAUUCUUCUCUCUCUUCCUUCUUCUUGAGUAUGGCUUAAGUGAGGGAAACUAUUUUAUGAAAGCUGUAGUUGAAAGGUCUUAGUUUUGUUAAAACCUUGGUAAAGUUUCGCCAGAGAAGGGAGUAUCUCGGACUUGCCAUCUCUUACUUAAAGCCAGAGAAAGAUGAACAAGACGAUGAGGGUAUACUUUUAUGCAAUGUGGGCAUCUUUUGGUUUGCCUGUAUCCACACAUAUAGGUGGUCUUCAGUGGUGGAAAAUUAGGAUGUACGUAUAUCCGCCCUUUGUAAAACGGAUACACAAAUUUCAAAAAUGGAUCAUAAAUGUGACAACGAAAGUUUUUCUGUAUCUUGAUGUCAUUUGGUUGCUUUAUAUAAUCAGUAUCACUAAAAAUGUUAGAGGAAUGAGGUGAUCCGAUGGCCAAUCUUAUCAAUUUAUUGUUCUGUUAUUUUUAAAAGAUACAUUACCUCUUUGUACAGUUUUUAAAGUUUCAGGUACCUUCUUGUUUUCUCUUAUCAUGUUUAUAAUUUAUGAGCAAUUUAUGUCAGGUUAUCAAAACCCUUCUGGAGAUCAGCAGGGUGCAUGCCUGGGCGCAGAUAGUUCGUUCCAAGCUCAUUUGCAUGUUUACAAAUAUGUUUUACCGGCUUUCUGAUGUUCCGACAUUCCUUGUUGAGCAAGUGGAUCUGAUUGGAGGAAUGGAUUUCAUCUGUCUUGAGGUCUGUGGUUCCAUGCUUAUGUUUAACAUCUGUAAUCUAGCAAAAGAAAACUAAUAGUUUUAAAUAAUGUGCAUCUUUCGAUUUGGCUGCGAAUAAAAUAUGACUUUAAAUCAUUUUUUUCAUCUCCCUCACAUCUACCAUUAAAAAUAUUUAUUCCAGAAACUUGACGUUAGCUUAGAGACCAAACCCUGGAUUAUUGUAAAUUGUGCUGAGGUGGUGGUGAGAUAUGAAGAAAAGACAUCCAAUCAAUAUCGUUUAUUACAAGCUUUCCUACAAUAAACUCAUUAAACAUAAGAGCUCUGAUGUGUGCGUAGAUAUAGAUAAACUCAUUAUAUAUGUUUCUAUUAAGACCAGGUUGUCAAUUCUCUGGGAAGAUUUUUCGCAACCUAAUAGAACUGCAGAAGGAGUCAGAAACCCCAAUUCGUUGUCUGGAUGUUACAAUAACAUUGCUGAAUAUAUGCCUGUAAUGGACAGGACUAAGAAAAAUAAAACGGGAUUGUGAGUUGUACACUGGUGUUUUCAGUGAACAUUGUUUAUAAUUUAUGUGUGUUUCUGUUAGCUCAUCUCAAUUUUCUUUUGCAGUAUUCGCAUGCAAGCUCAAGGGAAGAAAAGCGGGAUCUUUUUUCAGUGCUCUUUGAUUAUGUUUUGCAACAAAUAAAUGAUAAUUAUAUGUCAACUGGGGCUUCUUACAAUUUUGAAGAUAUGCAGUAUCUUGCAACAAUGCUUACUCUUGCUGAAGCUCCUGAGGCUUUCUACAUAGCUAUUAAGCAUGGAGUGGAAGGGAUUGGAGAGAUUUUGAGAAGAUCUAUUGCCUCUGCAUUGUCUAGGUCACCAAACUUUGAGCGUCUAAAUAUGGUAAGUUCCUCCGAAAGAAUAUGCUGAUUUUUUCAAAUUCAAUGGAAGCUAAUCGAAAUUAAUAUAAUAGAUUUGGACUCAACGUGAGUCACAGGUGAGGAACACACGUAGUUUAGGAACUCACACAUUGAGGAGCUAGCAUUUUUUUCCUAUCAUCAAGCAAUAUUCUUGCUUGGGCAAUUGCUAAUCUAAUGCUGUCAAUACAUUUUUAGUGCGAGAAAUUGGAAAUAGAGAGGUGUUUGACUCAUAAUUUAACUUUUAAUAGUAUGAGACAAUAUAGAAAAGCAUUAACCAGGUAUACCAUUUGCUAACGAAGUCAGUGCGAGAAAAAACCAACACAAAGUUGCUGUUUGGUAAUACUAACCUGGAGUAUUCUCCAUUUUCACACUCAGGCAACCGGUUUGCACAAGCCCGUGUAAGAACAAAAAUAUGGAAGUCUCAGGCAGUAUUUGUUUUUAGCUUCUAUAUUCGAUCUGACACUGUGUUUGCUACUUCUUCAGGUGACUACGUUGCCUCUUGGAAAGUAUAUUAGCUUAUGUUCCUCAUGUCAUCAUGAAUUCUUAUUUAAUCCAUACUUAUACCCUUUGAUCCGCCAUUGAUCAGACUAAGUGAUUAGAGGUCCUUUUACAGAUGAAGAUGUCAUAUAUCUAAGCACUUGAUUAAUAACUCAUAUGUGAGUGAUGUGUGUGCCUAUAUUGACUAGUCGCGUUCAUAACGCAAGAUAAAUCUGUUAACGCCAGAGAUUAUACAACUUGGCGGUCAACAACGUCUUUCUUUUUUAGGUGAUUUGGGUAAUCUUUUCCAUUGGCAAUGUAAAUCCCUUUCCAGUACAUCGCAGCUCUGAUGGGAAUAUGAUAUCAUUGAUCCCUGGAUAUUUAAUUUCAGACACCUUUUCCUUGUUAUUCUUUAGUUCUUGAUCUAAUUGAUAUUUUCCCUAAGAGCAAUACAGAUUGCAAAAGGCAACCAGGUUACGAUGUGAUUCGCUUUUGAUUAAUGGCUACCCCAUUUGUCUUAGUAAAGCCGUCGGCAACAAGUGUAGUAUCUUUCAAGUUCGUGAGAUGAAUAAUACUAGACAGUGUACGCUCAUUUUAACUCAGCUGAAGGGCUUCCCCUCUGGUGUCUCUACUAGCUCAGUACCAUUUUUCGUCCAGCGUUGUCGUCUAAUUUUUUACUGCUCCCACUCAAUUAUGACCUCUUACGGCAACUUCCAAUGAGUUACAAAACGAUAAGGACGACAGGGAUUGGGUAAAGAUGAUACGGUAAAUGGGACUAAUGGGUGACUCACAUACCUGGAGGUAAUGUGCUUGUGCUCUUCAGACAGCCAUUGGGAGAUUCGCAUUUGGUUCCAGAGAAGGGUUAGUUGAGUUCCUUCUUGUUGAAUCGGCACAUAUAAAAAAUUUAAAGGCAGAGACUGGUAAUUGAGCAAUCUCAUGAGAUGAUGAUAUCUGAGAUGGUUAAUACGUAUCUAUCUUUGUUCUUGUACUCUUUCUUGUGCCUCUUUUUCUUAGUAGAAUCACGAAAGAUUUGUACUUAGAAUGUGAAUGUGAAGACACAUUUGUACUUAGAGAACAAAAGAUUGUGUUGAUUUCUUAUAGUCGUCCUCCGAUAAGAGCCUUGAGAAGCCAAAAUGUCGUUUUCUUUUGGUCUUUCUCAGUCUUAUGAAGUUGACUAUUUUUCCUUUCUGCUGCACGAUUUUUCUUUGGAGCGUGCGGAAAAGAUGACCAAGAAAUAAUGCCUUUUCUUAAAAUAUUCAUCUUUAUUUUUCAACGAGUUCCUUUAAGUCGCCACAUUGGAAUGCUUGUGUACUUAACCUCAUAAAUGAUUGCUUGGUCGCUCCCCUAUAUUUCAUGUUCAUUCCAAGACUGUAUAUUUACUUAAAAUUCCAUCACCAAUCAACAUAUUGUUUAAGAACCGUCUUCCCUGAUCAUCGUGUAUUUCAAGACGUCGUCAUAUGAUACAUUUUUUAUAGUUGACUUUUGUCGGAUUGUUUUGACCUUGGAUAUCAUGAAUGCUAUCAUAGAUGUUAUUUGAGGCCCUCGAGUUGCCAAAGAAAUAGGAAGUCAGACUCGAGGCGUUACAUAGUGGGCUCAAUUGAGGCCUUGAUGUUGAGAAGUCAGUCUAAAGUUGUUGACCAAUUUGCUGCAGGUUUUCAAGACCUAAAGUAGAUACCCAUCAUAUCUUGACACGUGUAUGAAUAGAGACAUUCUCAUAUCUGACACCCUUUGAGCUAGUAAUCAGUGAGUGUAGCCACGUGUAAAGAUGCAUGUGCUGUUCUGUCUAAUUUUUUUAGCUUCUGUCUUUCCCUUUUGAUGCAGCUCUUAGCAACAUCUCACAUUGCCAUUUGGCUACUACACUAUGUGUACAUCUUUUCUGUUUGCCCUUUUCUUUUCCUCGAUUUUUGGGUUCCUUUGGCUCGUUCCUCGUAGUGAGAACACAAUUCUGUCAUCUUGGAUCGUGUCAUAUGAGAAAUUGCUCUCUUGUAGUUACUGAGCGAGUACCCUCCCAUGCAUGCAUGGAAGACGCCACAGGGUAGCAUCUGUCUUCUCAUGUGCAUGUAGGGGCAGCAACGGGACGAAUCAGCAAGUCAAGAUCUUUCUCCUUUAGCCAUUAACUGCAAAAGGAUGAGGAAUCUGGUUUCCAGUGGACCCACAAACGUGGAUCUCUCUAUUAUUUAGUGCAUCUUGUCGAACAAGGUUGUUCUACACGUACAACAUAAAUUGCUCUUUUACUAUGUUGGUAGAAGAAGAUGAGAAAAAGAGGACGAUGUGCUACAGAAAGGGGUUCUGCAUUGAAAUUUUCUGAGUUUGCAUAGCGCUUCAAUGUAUACAUACCUCAAUAAAAUAGAACAAUGAAAACGUCAAACUGAUGGGGAUGCAGAAAAGUUUAAAAUCCUAUAAAACUAUAUCAAUAAAUAUCACGGAUGAAGUUCUAGAAGCUUACACUAUUGCAUCAGCAUAUUGACAAUAUUUCAUCACAUACAAAUUAUAUGAUGCGUGACUGCAGUUGUUUUUUGUAAUUAUGUCUCAUAUUCUACAUGAAAGAAAUAAAGCUAAUGACUAUCUAUUCGUAUUCUGUUUUUAUACAUUUUAUGCGAUCCUGAUAUUGGCUUCCCUCUGUUUUGCAUUCGUAGCUCUUGGAGAAGAUCGUUUGGAAACUUGACGGCAUUGUCAGUUCAUUCACUCAUUUAGAUCCGGAAUUCUCAUAUCUGAUAAGGGCCUCGAAAUCUGAUAAGUCCUUUAUUAGCAUCGAACUUGGGAAUCCUGAAUCCGAUGUCAGCAUGCAAGCUAAACUGUCUUGGGCUACUUUACAUGCUCUACUUCAUUCAGAAAGGCCAGCUUAUCGUCACAAUGGCUACAUCUGGCUAGUUGAACUCCUCGUUUCCGAAAUUAGUGAUGAAGGCAACAAGAGCAUUUGGUUGAACGUUAAAAACUUUCAGCAGCAAAUAGGAAUUUCUGGUAGCCAGGAAUCAUCUUUCUCAUCAGUUCCUUUGUCUAUUUGUGUCUUCUACGGAUUGCUGAAUUCGAAACUCAACGAAAUAAGAUGGGGCUUCUUGUUUGUCUUGGAAAAGCUCCUUAUGCGCUGCAAAUUAUUGUUAGAUGAAAAGGAGCUGCAGCAUAUGAGCAGUAUUGAAACCUCUGAUCAUGAUAAUACCAGGAUCCGUUUGGAGAAAGCAAAUGCUGUCAUAGACAUAAUGAGCUCAGCUUUGGCUUUGGUUUUUCAGAAAAACGAAACUGAUCGAACUAAUAUCCUCAAGGUUCGUUUCUUCUCUGGCAUAGAUGCGACUCCAAGCAUGAUCUAUGUUAAUUGAAUGUGUUUUAUUGUUUUGACUUGUGAGAUGAUAAGUGAGAUUCAUUAUAGACAUAUUAAAGAUAAAACAAUAUGGUUCUAGUCCACCCAUUUGCUUUGAACUGGAUAACGCGAAAUUUCAACAUUUCCAGCGCCUUGAAAAUUGUUUCGGUGAUACCUGGAAAAUUAGACCCACAAAAUUCAGGAAUAUGGGCAUACCGAUUCUUCCCGCAAAAUUAGGCUCAUUAACGACCCCAGAUCACAUGCCUUACCAUAUCUCCAUUUUCUGGAACUACCUAUAAGUUAAAUUGAAUUUCAUUUCUUUGAGCUGUAUAGAUAUUUUUUAAUUUUUUACUUGUACAUAAUUUUCUGCGAUUAGCUACAUUUAUAAUGCGGCUAAGUGAAGUUUCAAUUUUUUUCUUUUUCAUGUUUUCAUGCCUUUUAUAUUUUCUGAUCAACCAUUCUUUUACAGAUGUGUGAUAUCCUGUUUUCUCAAUUAUGUCUGAGGGUUCUUCCCACAGACACAAUGCCUUUUGGAAAUCUAAGAAGCAAGACAGAAAUGAGCGACACUGAUGCAGAUCUACCGCACGAAAAAAUCAUUCAGGAUGGUGAGCUUUUUGGAGAGAUUGACGCCACGAGUGGGCUUGAGCAAGGUCGUCUACUCUGUGACACGUCAUCUAUUGCAGCAUUGCUUCUGCGUGGGUGUGCUGUUGUUCCAAUGCAGCUGAUAGCUCGAGUACCCACUUCACUGUUCUACUGGCCUUUAAUCCAACUUGCCGGUGCAGCAACAGAUGACAUUGCCCUGGGUCUUGCCGUUGGCAGCAAAGGGAGAGGAAAUUUAGAAGGUGCUGCAUCAGAUAUCCGGGCAGCGCUUCUUUUGCUUUUAAUUGGGAAAUGCUCUGCAGAUCCUGCCGCCUUCCUCGAAGUCGGAGGAGAAGAGUUCUUCAGGUAUAGUUGAUAUUUCAGUCGUCUUGAUUCUUGGGCUACUAUUAUUUCCUUUCCCAGAAUAGCUGAUGCAUGCCUUGACAAUUACAGGGAGCUUCUUGAUGAUACAGACUCCAGGGUGGCGUAUUAUUCCUCUGCGUUUCUUCUGAAGGUACGCCCAUUUUAGCAUAAAUCAUGUUUUCAUUCACAUCUUGUUUUUUUUUUUUUUUUUUUUUUUUUUUGGUUCUCAGACCUGAUUUAGAUUCUGGGUUUUGCAGAGAAUGAUGAUGAAAGAACCUGAUAAAUAUCAGCGCAUGCUUCAGAGUCUUAUAGUCAAGGCACAGCAGGUUCGUCACAGAUCUCAAACUCCCAUGAUCAUGUGACAUCUCUGCUUUAAAUUCCCUGUACUUCAGUUGACUUUUUCUCCCCCCCUCACUGAUCAGUGCAAUAACGAAAAGCUGCUCGAAAAUCCCUACCUCCAGCUGUGCGGCAUACUUCAGCUUUCAAAUGACCUUGGGAAUCUGCCAUGA